AAUUGGAAAACUUUUUUAUAGACUGUUAUACCUUAUUCUGAACAAAAAAGAAUGCUAGAUGAAAUGAUUGAUAUAGCAGAUGUAUCUGUUGCUUUGCGAGCUGUUGAAACAGCUAUUGGUAUAAUAAUAUCUACAGGUGGUGAUUGUAACAUGUAUUUAAGAGAUUAUCUAACCAAUGUUCUUCGCAUGAAUGAACAGGAUUACAUAGUCAGCGGAAAAAUGCACGAUUAUAUACGUUUGACUCACUUGUACUCUGUAUGGCUCAUGUUGACUGUUGAACAAGCAUAUAGAAUAUAUGCAAGUAAACAGGUUCCAUUUCAUGUAAAAGAAUUUUUUAUGAGUGAGGACCUUGAGAAGGAAGUGGUAGAAAAAAUGAAAAACACGUUGCAUCAUGUCGACAGUAAGGAAUUAAUAAAUCUAAUCACUGAGUACAUUGUUUUAGAGCUGCCAUUAAGAAAUGAAGCUGAUAUUUCUUUAACGCUAAGUGAAGCUCUGCAAUUGUAUAAAGAUAAACAAGAAACAACAAUAACAAUUUCUUUAGAGCCAAUUAGUGAUGAAUUUUUAUUAAAACAUAUUUAUCUAUUUUGGAAGAUAGUUGCUUCUCACGUAAAAGAUUUUCAUGACUAGAAUAAUUUGGACCGUAGUUUUUAAUUUUUUAGAGUUUUUUUAAUUUUGUAUUUUAUAGUUAUGUUUUAUGAAAAGCAUUAUAAUUUCUUUUUUUAAUUUUGUAAUUUUUCCUUAAUUUUUUUUUUUUUUUUUUUAUUAUGGCAUAUAUUUUUGUUACCUUUAAAUAAUUUGUAAAAUUAAAAAACAGAUAUUUAACUUUGUGAGUAAAAUUGUUGUAAAAAUUAUAGUCAUUAAAUAACCAUUCAACGGGUGUACGAGGUGCUCACUUAGGAUAAAAUUUUUCUGUUAUUUAUAAAUUUAAAAAAAUUAGCACAUGAAGUA